UUAUACUAACUUUUUUUUUUACAACAAGUGGUUUCUUCUGCUGAAUAUAUAUGACAAGAAUGGGGCCUUGAGGCUCUACAGCCAUUGCCACUAUUUAUGGCUAGAGAUGGACAAGGGGGGGCUUUGCCAACUGAAAGUAGCAUUACACAAUACAACUUCCUUGGUUCUUGUUGUAGUCCACAUUUUUCUGCUCAGAUGUUGGUCAGUAAGUGGUCCCAGUUAACUUACUUUACAUUUAAGUUUUCUUGGAAAGAAUGAAACUUAUCAGCUUGUGGCAGAUAUGGUGUAUACAUUAUGAAAAUAAUGUUACGAUAGAUUUUUACAUUCACAUUGAUUCACAUUGUCUAUAAAUUAUACAGGAUGAAUGAAGCUGUGAUGUUCUCACCUCCAAACGUCACUGUUGGUAUAGUGUUUUUGGUGUCAUCUGCAAUUUUUUUUGACCUCCAAUCAUGGUUGCAUUAUGGCAUCCAAAUAUUCAGUUUUGGUCUCAUCUGACCAAACCAUAUUCUCCCAGUAUUUCACAGGCUUGAUGAAAUGUUGUUUAGCAGAUUUUAAACGUGUUUCAACAUGCUUUUUCUUGAGCAAUGGAAUCUGACCACAAGUGAUUUUUGGCCCUUUGACAACCCUUCUAAUAAUUCCUUUCACUCCUCUGUCUGAAAUCUUGUGGGGAGCACCUGGCCAUGGCCAGUUUAUGGUGGUUUAUGGUUUAUGGAAACGUUUUUUUAUGCAUUUUCCAUCAAGCUAGCGGAUCAUCUUCUCCGUCUAUGACCCCUUGCUGAGAUAACAGUCCAUUUCUAUCUGCACCUUCUCCUCCAGUGUGCAAUUUAACAAUUAGUUCGCCCAUGUUUGGACUUCUUCUGUGUUCUAAACGCGGAAAUCAGUCCGUGGAUGAUUACAUUGCUCUGCCCAUCAAAAAGUCUGCGCAUGCGUGAAUAUAUUGCCUAUCGUUAGUUAUUGGACUGACGAUUGUCCGUUGGAAAAUAUUUACAUAUUGCCCAACCUUAGCCCCAACAGUGCUCACCGGAAUCGUCCAGUGCCAAUAGUAUGCUUGGAAACAAUAAGGUUGUGAAGGUCUUGCGAGAGCUCAUUGGUUUUACAAUCAUGAAAAGUUUCUUGUGCGGCACCUUGGUUUUCAUAGGCUAUCAGUUGAGACUGAACCAGCUGAUAUUAAUUUGCACAAAAUGGCAGGAUUGCUUCUUAAUUACCGAUGAAUUUUAAUGCCUUUUUGCACCUCUCUUUCUUGAUGUGUUCAGUACUAUGUAAUAAUAGAUUGGAUGGGUCGUUACCAACAUCUGGUGAUAAUUUCAUAUCAAUAGCACCUUGAUUAGGGACAUAGUCAGUACUUAUUUUUACCUGCUGUGUAUGUUACAAUCAUUAUAGUAGUAUUAUGUACUAUGAUACGUGACAUUGUGAUACACCAUUCUAAUUUGAUAUUUUAUAUUAUGACACAGUGCUCAAUUUAACUGUCAAAUGUAUAUGAUUGUGAGAUUUACAUAAAACAUUUGUAUACACCACAUAGAUGUUGGCACUCACAAUGUCCUUGGCAAUGCUAAUGGAAACUUUAUCAAGAUUAGCCCACUUGUGUAGGAUGAGUUACUUUUGAUUUUGUAUAGUUGUUUUUACAAAAAAUGUUUACAUUUCUUAGAAUGAGCUCUAAUUUUGUGCUCAUUCUUUGUUUUUCUCAGUGCUUUGUCAUUAAAAACAAAACGUUACUUGCGCUGAAAAUUCAGUGCGUCCUGGUGUGUGAAGAAGUUUAUCUUAACUGUGUGUAAUCUUCCUUUCCUAGCUUUCCUCCACCUCCUUCACCUGCUUUCAUCUCACCCAUCACAGCCCAUGACAGCAGAUCAGCCAACAUGGCAUUUUCAUCUCGUUUUUCGUUCUGGGAACAAAAGAUUAAAGAAGAGAACAAGCCAGCAAACAAAAGUUCAGACAGUGAUGGGAUUCCCGGCCGAGCCAAGUCAGUACCAGCUCUAGAUCCUGGCAGGGGUUUAUUGAGGGCAAAAAGUCCUACUGCAGAGUCAGUUGCCAGGAUCAGGAGUCCUUCCCCACCAAAAGUCAGGACACCCAUAAAAGUCCAAGGGCACUUCAAAAGUCCUGAGCCACCAUCAACGACGGCGGCACAACUUAAAAGUCCUGAACCUCCACAAAUUCCUCGGAAGCUUGAACCAGAUUUGAGUGAGCAAGAACAAAAUGGCAUGGUGGGAAAAAGCACAGUCAAUGGUACUGCCAAUGGUAUCAUCAGCCUUCCAGGCACCAGCACCAACCAAAUGGCUACCACUGAUGACCAGGGUUACACACGUAAGAAAGUAGUAAAGGUUGUUCGUCGUGUUGUCAGGAAGGUUUUACCCUCAGAAGAUGAGAUCAAUGUACCAGCAAAGAAAUCUGACAAAGUUACAGAAGUAGGCAAGCCUGCUACUGACACAAUCAAAGUAGCAGCAGCAGCAACCUCAGUGUCCCAAUCCCAAGUGAUGCCAGGAUUCUCUUUUAAACAUGAUGUCAUUAAAACAGAAGACAAAGAUGAUAUUUCAAGAGGCUUAACAAGCCUUAUGGUCAGAGGCAGAACAAGGGAGCGCUUUCCAAGAAUAUUUCAGGAUAACCGACCAGAAAAAAUGGAGUUAGACAAGAUAAGUGAGAAGAUGGAUGAAAAACUUGACUUGAAGGAGACAACAAAGGAGCAGAAUGAAGUUAAAGCCAAGCCAGAGUUGCAGGAUGUUAAACACAAAUCCAGCAGCUCUUCUCCAGUUACAAAGGAAACAACAUCUCUGGUUUCUGUUAACCCUGCUAACAAAGCAACUGUGGGCUCAGCUUCAGAUUCUUCCAAAUCUCCUCAUUCCCGGCCUUUAUCUUUCACACCAGUUAUGGGCUUCAUCCCAGCUCCUGACUUUAUAACUGAACCCCAAUCAUGUUUCACUGCAUCAACUUCUGUGAACCCUAAUCCUCCCCAGCCCAGUGUUGGUCCACUGUCUUCUACACCUAUAGGAAUUGUUUCUAUCCAGAAACCUACUGUUAGUCAAAAAGAGGAGACACCGGUCAGUCCAACUGAGGAAGCUCAGCGACGCCUGAUGAAGAUCUUUGGCGUCCCUCUGGAGCCAGCAGUCAGUGUUUCAUCUUCUGUUGAGGCGCAGGCUCAGGGCACCCUCCAUGCACCACAGACCUGCAUUUUCCUGGGGCUCCUAUCUGGAAUUUGUACUCAUUUGACAUGUGAGAAUGGAUCAGUAGAAGAGGAUCUUAUUGCUCUCCAAGCAUCUCAUGCUGCAGCUAAGCAAUCCCAGGUGAAGACUGAGGAACAGAUUGCAGCAGAGCAGGCCUGGUAUGAAUCAGAUAAAGUAUGGCUUGUCCACAAGGAUGGCUUUUCCCUGGCCACCGUGAUAAAGACAGAAACUGGCUCUCUGCCAGAGGGCAAGGUAAGAAUCAAAAUGGAGCAUGACGGGACUGUACUGGAUGUGGAUGAAGACGACAUUGAAAAGGCCAACCCUCCAUCAUACGACAGAUCAGAAGACCUAGCUUCACUACUCUAUUUGAAUGAAUCCAGUGUAAUGCACUGCCUGAGGCAACGCUAUGGAGGGAACCUCAUCCAUACCUAUGCUGGACCCAACAUGGUGGUCAUCAACCCUCUCAGCAUGCCCUCCAUGUACUCGGAGAAGGUGAUGAACAUGUUUAAAGGCUGCCGGCGUGAGGAUUCAGCUCCUCAUAUUUACUCUGUGGCCCAAUCGGCCUACCGCAACCUGCUCACCACCCGACAGGAUCAGUCUAUUGUGCUGCUGGGCAGGUCUGGUAGCGGCAAAACCACCAACUGUCAGCAUCUUGUCCAGUACCUGGUCUGCAUUGCUGGCAGCACAGGAAAAAUCUUCUCUGCUGAGAAGUGGCAGGCAGUCUACACCAUACUGGAGGCCUUUGGGAACAGCUCUACCAACAUAAACACAAAUGCCAGCCACUUCUCUCAUGUUGUUUCCUUGGACUUCGACCAAGCUGGGCAGGUGGCCUCUGCCUCCAUCCAGACAAUGUUGUUGGAGAAACUGAGGGUGAGCAGACGACCUGAGGGGGAAUCCACCUUCAACGUUUUUUACUACAUGAUGGCUGGAGCCGACAGCAGUCUCAGGACGGAGCUGCACUUUAACCACCUGGCUGAGAACAGUGCUUUUGGGAUCCUGCCACAGACUAAGCCUGAAGACAAGCAGCGAUCCUUGCAGCAGUUCACCAAGCUGCAGGCAGCCAUGAAGGUGCUGGGCAUCUCCAGUGAAGAGCAGAAAGCCCUCUGGCUUAUCCUCGGUGCCAUUUACCACUUGGGGGCAGCGGGCGCGACUAAAGAUGGAGAUGAAGUGGGACGUCGGCAGUUUGCUCGUCAUGAAUGGGCUCAGAAAGCGGCCUACCUGUUGGGCUGCACCUUGGAGGAGCUAUCUUCAUCUAUUUUUAAGCAUCAGGCCAAAGGACUGCAGCAUUCUACCUCAUUCAGAGGACCACCAGAUGAGGCUAGCCAUGGUGAUGGCUUAGGCCCUAAAGUCACAGCUCUGGAGUGUUUGGAGGCCAUGGCAUCAGGACUUUACUCUGAGCUUUUCACACUUGUCAUCUCCCUUAUUAACAGGGCCCUGAAGUCUAGUCAGCACUCUCUGUGUUCUCUGCUGAUCGUUGACACUCCGGGUUUCCAGAACCCUCGGCUGGCUCAUCAGCAGAGGGGAGCCACUUUUGAAGAACUCUGUCACAACUACACCCAGGAGAGGCUACAGACUCUGUUUCAUGAACGGACCUUUGUCAAGGAAUUGGAGAGAUACAAGGAGGAAAACAUAGAACUUGCUUUAGAUGACAUAGAGUCCAACACCUCACUGUCUGUAGCAGUUAUUGAUCAAGCCUCAACCCAAGCUCUGGUUCGUACUCUAGCCAGGACAGAUGAAGCUCGAGGCCUUCUGUGGCUCAUGGAGGAGGAGGCUGUUCAGCCAGGAGGUUCAGAGGAAACCAUGCUGGAGAGACUCUUCAGCUACUAUGGCUCUGCACAGGGAGAAAACAAAGGAGCUAAUCUACUUCUGCGAGGAGAGAAGCCCCACCUCUUCCUGCUGGGCCACAGCCAUGGGACCAAUUGGGUGGAGUAUAACACCCAAGGCUGGUUGAACCAUGCCAAGCACAACCCUGCUGCCCAGAAUGCUGCAACCCUGCUGCAGGACUCCCAGAAGAAGAACAUCAGCGCGCUGUUCAUGGGCCGGGCCAGUGGAGCCACCGUGUUGUCGGGCUCCAUCGCCGGUCUGGAGGGCAGCUCCCAGCUUGCCCUGCGGCGAGCCACUAGUAUGAGGAAAACCUUCACUACAGGUGUGGCUGCUGUCAAGAAGAAGAGUCUGUGUAUCCAAGUGAAACUCCAAGUGGAUGCUCUGAUUGACAUGGUGCGGCGUUCUAAGGUUCACUUCGUCCAUUGCCUACUGCCCAAAGUAGAGGCAGUAGGAGGAGGUGAUUACCGUAUGGCUCAUGGAGAGAGCCCUGACUCAGGUCUUAUGACUCUGGACGUGAGCCUCCUGAGAGCUCAGCUCCGAGGAUCCAAGCUGCUAGAUGCUCUGCGCAUCCACAGGCAAGGUUAUCCUGACCACAUGGUUUUCUCUGAGUUUCGAAGGCGCUUUGAUGUUCUGGCACCUCAUCUAACCAAGAAGUAUGGCCGCCACUACAUUGUCACAGAUGAGAAGAGGGCAGUGGAGGAGUUACUGGAGUCUUUGGAGCUGGAGAAGAGUAACUACCACAUGGGGCUAAGCAGGGUGUUCUUCAGAGCAGGGAUUCUGUCCAGACUGGAGGAGCAGCGAGAUUUCCAGACGAGGAGGAACAUUUCUCUCUUCCAGGCUGCUUGCAGGGGAUACUUAGCCAGACAGGCGUUCAAGAAGAGAAAGAUUCAGGAUCUGGCAAUCCGCUGCAUCCAGAAGAACAUAAAGAAGAAUCGUGGUGUCAAAGGCUGGCCAUGGUGGAAGCUGUUCACCACUGUCAGACCUCUGAUAGAGGUGCAGCUCACUGAGGAACAGAUCCGUGGCAAGGAUGAAGAGAUCCAGCAACUCAAGCAGAAGCUAGAGAAGGUAGAGAAAGAGAGGAAUGAGCUGAGACUCAACAGUGACCGUCUCGAGAGCCGGAUCACAGAGCUGUCAGCAGAGCUGGCUGAUGAGCGCAACACUGGGGAAUCUGCCUCCCAGUUGCUGGAGACAGAAACUUCUGAGAGACUGCGUUUGGAGAAGGACAUGAAGGACCUGCAGGCCAAAUUUGACAGCACGAAGAAAGAGAUGGAGUCUAUGGAGAUGGAGGUGAUGGAGGCUCGACUCAUCCGUGCUUCCGAACUCAGUGGAGAGGUGGAUGAUGAUGAGACAGGAGGAGAGUGGAAGCUGAAGUAUGAGCGAGCAAUCAGGGAGAUCGAGUUCACCAAGAAGAGACUGCAGCAGGAGCUUGAUGACAAACUGGAGGUGGAGCAGCAGAACAAGCGGCAGCUGGAGAGGAGGAUCAGUGACCUGGAGGCUGAUUAUGAGGAGUCUCAGCGAAAUAUCCAGCAGCUGAAGAAGAAAGCCCAGCGACUGACAGCUGAGCUGCAGGACACUAAACUUCACCUGGAGGGUCAGCAGAGUCGCAACCAUGAUUUGGAGAAGAAGCAGAGGAAGUUUGACAGUGAGCUGAGUGCAGCCCAGGAUGAGGUGCAGAGGGAGAGAAGCCUGAGGGAGAAACUGGCUCGAGAGAAAGAUGUGCUGACCGGAGAGGUCUUCGGCCUCCGGCAGCAGCUGGAGGACAAAGACCUGGAAGCUUGUGCAGUCAACCUGAAGCUGGAGCAGCUGGAGGCCGAGCUGCAGGAUCUCAACUCCCAAGAAUCAAAGGAUGAGGCAUCACUGGCCAAGGUGAAGAAGCAGCUUCGUGAUCUAGAGGCAAAGGUGAAAGACCAAGAAGAAGAGCUUGAUGAGCAGGCUGGUACCAUCCAGAUGUUGGAGCAGGGUAAGCUACGUCUUGAGAUGGAGAUGGAGCGCUUGCGUCAAACCCAUUCCAAGGAGAUUGAGAGCAAAGAUGAGGAAGUGGAGGAGAUCAGGCAGUCAUGUAGCAAAAAGCUAAAACAAAUGGAAGUCCAGCUUGAAGAGGAGUAUGAUGAGAAGCAGAAGGUGCUGAAAGAGAAGAGAGAGCUGGAGUCGAACUUUCUGUCUGUACAGGACCAGGUGAGAGGUGGUGACAUAGAGGUUGAAAAGCGCUUGAGGAAGGACUUGAAGAGAACCAAGGCUUUGCUAGCAGAUGCCCAGAUCAUGUUGGACCACAUAAAGAAUAACGCACCCAGCAAGAGGGAGAUCGCCCAACUCAAGAAUCAGUUAGAGGAGUCGGAGUUCACCUGUGCAGCUGCAGUUAAAGCUAAAAAGUCCAUGGAGGUGGAGAUUGAAGACCUACAUGUUCAGAUGGAGGACAUUUCCAAAACGAAACAGGCGCUGGAGGAGCAGCUGAGUCGUCUGCAGAGAGAGAAGAAUGACCUGCAGUCAAGAAUGGAGGAGGACCAAGAGGACUUCAAUGAGCUGAUGAAGAAACACAAGGCUGCUGUGGCCCAGUCAGCUCAGAACCUGGCUCAGAUCAGUGACCUUCAAGCCCAGCUUGAGGACGCCCUAAAGGAGAAGCAGGAAAUUCAAGAGAAGAUGCAAGCCCUCCAGAGCCAGAUCGAGUUCCAGGAGCAGUCCAUGGUGGAGAAAUCCCUUGUCAGCCGGCAGGAAGCCAAGUGUCGUGAGCUUGAGACCAAGCUGGAGUUUGAGAAGACCCAAGUCAAACGCCUAGAGAGCCAUUUAGCUCGGCUUAAGGAGAACUUGGAGAAGCUGACGGAGGAACGAGAUCAGCGCAGCAGCAGUGAGAUUCGAGAGAAGGAACAAAACAAACGUCUCCAGAGACAGAUCCGUGACAUCAAAGAAGAAAUGGCUGAGCUGGCCAAAAAAGAAGCAGAGGCCAGCCGCAAGAAGCAUGAGCUGGAAAUGGACAUUGAGAGCUUGGAGGCUGCAAAUCAGAGCCUGCAGGCAGACCUUAAGUUGGCUUUCAAAAGGAUUGGUGACCUCCAGGCAGCCAUUGAGGAUGAGAUGGAGAGUGAUGACAACGAAGACCUUAUUAACAGUUUGCAAGACAUGGUAACAAAGUAUCAGAAACGAAAGAACAGAAUUCAAGGGGAUUCAAACACAGAUUCUGAGGUGGAGGAUCAUGUGGAAGGGGUGAAGUCAUGGCUGUCCAAGAACAAAGGUUCCACCAAAAAUCUCUCUGAUGACGGCAGUCUCAAAAGCUUCAGAAGUGCUGUAAAUGUAGAAGCAAAGGAAGGAAAGGAAUUGAAAGAGGGUAAGGAAUGGAAAGAGGUGAAUAAAGAAGGUAGAGAGGUAGAAACAAGCAGGCCAGUUUCAGUGAUGAGCUCCCUAAGCUACAGAAAACGAUCCAACCUCAGUAGCAAAGGAGAUGCCCUCUUCAGUCAGAAUGCUGAGUCAGAGGAUACGCUAUCCUUUCGUAAACCGAAACCCCAAGCUUCUGAUUUUCAGAAUGAUGCAUACUUAGCCAGCUCAAGGAGAAAGUCUCAGGUAUUGGAUGGCAUGAAUGACAGACAGUCAGUCAUCUCCCAAGCCUAUUCAGAAGCCAACAGCCAGGCUAGAAAAGGCUUGGACAGCCGCUGGAGCAACUUUAACGAAGAAUCAACCAUUUCAUUUACUGCACCAAGUCGGGCCUCCACAUUUCUUGGGUUAAACCCAGAGAAUGAUGCCAAGUCUAACGUCAGCUUAGGUCUGUCAAGCGCACUUGGACGCCAUCAAAGCACCUCAAGAUUAGACAAGGGUAGAGGGAGCCGUUCACAGCAUAGCAGUGGUCCCAGUAGCCCUUGCUAUAGCAGACGUUUUGGCGGUUGUAGUCCCGGAAGUGUUAGUCGGCCUGACUCAGUGGCUUACAGCUGCCGUCUUAGUGAGUUUGAUGUUGAUAUUGAUGAUAGUAGAAGUGUGGCCUUCACUGAGAAGUCAGCAUACAGUCCACACUCUUCAACUGGACGCAGUAUCUCCAUGCCACCACCACAAGUCAGAUCAAAUUUUGAAAACGAUGCAGUUGAUAACUUGGAUGUCAAAACAGUCAACCAUCGCAACUACCUUGACCCUGACCUGGAGAAAGCCAUCAAUGAAGUCCUGAGUUUUAAACCUAUCAAAUUCAAGCGCAGGACUUUGGAAGACUCUGACUGUGAAGAAGAAAAGUUCAACAAUAAUGAAGCUGACAGAAAAGAUACUCACCCUGUCAACAGCCUCAGACGCUCUGCAUCUGCCGCGGACUGCAUGAGACCAGCCAGUAGCCGCAGUAGCCGCCAUCGCCACAGUAGUAAAGGAAAGAGCAAGAAAAAGAAGAGAAGCCACAGCUCUGACUCUGACAGCUCAGAAGAUGGCCAUCGUCACAGAAGCAGCUCCAAGAGGAGAUCGAAAAAAUCCAAAAGGAAGGAUGAGUCUUUGUCUUCUUCCUCAUCUUCCUCAUCUUCAGAAUCAGAAUCCAGCUCUGAUGCCUCCACUAUUUCCUACCGAAGUUCCAGCAGUGUGAAAAGGGCACCAGCUCGAAAGGCUUCAAGUCCAGAAGUGGAUGAAGAAGCUGGGUCUCAGAGCAAGACUCAGCCCCUUAAUAAAAAGGAUGAGAAGAAGAGAAAGAAGAAGGUCGACAGCCUGAUGAUGAAGUAUUUAUACCGGCCGGAGAGUGACUGAUGCAGGCAGUAGGUAGACUUACCUUGGAAAGAGUUGUUUGAAGCAUGAUGUCACCUAACCAAACAAAGGCCUUUCACUUCUAUUAACCAGCACAUUAACUAUUUCUCAUACAGUCUGACUUGAAUAGUUUUAAAUUCUAAUAAGGGGAUUGCCUUUUUCACGUGUGACAUUAGUGAUGCUAACAGUUUUUGCUGUACACUUUAGUGACAGUAGUCUGUGUGGUGGUCUCUUCACAUUGAUUGCUUUUAUCCAGGAGUCCUUUAGACCAGAACCGCCUCCUGGUUUGGUGAAAUGUUAUCAUAAAAGGAGAGACAGUCGAUAAGAAGGUAUUAUUUGUGGAUAUCUAGCUCAGCUACUCAAUACUCCUGAGAUAUUCCUUUGAUUUACAAAGGAAUAAAAAUUACAUUACAAGUCAAUUAGCAAAUUUAUGUGUGAUGCACAUUUCACUGUAAUUAACUCCAGCAGUUUACAAUAUUUAAAUAUCAAUAUGAAAAAUUUCUAUGUUUAUUUUUAGUAGGUUUCUUGUUUUUCUUGCUUUUUCGGCUAAUUGAGCUGUAAACAAUUCUCAAAAUGGGUUAGAAAAUGGCCUAUAUUCAGUAUAGCUGUGUGACAGUGUGAAGCCACUAUGCUGGGUAAACAAUAUCAUGACCCUACAAUAAAUCAUUGUCUCCUGCUUUUCCACAUUUUUCUCCCCCUAAAUUUUCAUAUUCAGUUCAGUGUUAUUCAUAAUGGGCUAAAUCACAACAACCGUUGCCUCAAGGCGCCUGAAACAGUAUCAGACAGCAUAUGCUCCGAGACCAAAUUAUCUCUCACAGGCCAUUGACAAAUAUUAUUGUAACAUUUUGAGAUUGUAAUCUCACCUGUCACUUUGAAAUCCUUAUCUUUAAUAACAACAUUAAUAUGAUGUGUUUUGGAUGGUCGCAUGUUCCCACAUUGCUUGAGAUUGCAAGUUUUUGUGCCCACUAGAUGCUAGAGCAAUGGCUGACAUGAAUAAAAUACUGCAGCUCUCUGAUUAGAAGAAUAUAACAUAUACACACAUGCAUGUAGUCAGAAUAUUGAAGGCUAAUGAAGAAAAUCUACUCACCAUAUGGACAUAAUACAUCCAAAAAUCAGUGAAAUAUAUAAGACCUGAACUGUGAACUGUGGCAAAGUGUCUUUUACAGUAUACUAGCUAUUAUAUUAUAGCUAGUAUAUUUUUGAUCAGACCAGAACUUUUCACAGCAUAUCACAGAGUGUUUUGUGUACGUGUUGUUUGUACAGCUGCCAGAAAAAGUUUGUAAAUUCUGAUAUUUUCUGUACAAAUGUUAUUGGAUUUUGACUCAAGUACUAAAAGCAGAUAAAGAACUAAUUUAAAACAAUGAAAUCAUGCCAAACCUUUUUAUCUAUUUAUUGAGAAAAUGUAUCUGGUAUUACAAAAUUCUGAAAGGAAAAAGUGUGAACUUUUGGUGACUUUAGAAGAAGGAAUGUUUAUGCUUAACAGGCUGCAAAAGGCAUUGAAACUGCUAGGAGUUUAAACUACACCAAUCCACAGUCAGGUGGAUAAGUCAGCCGUGUUUUGUUGUGUGUGGAGGAAAGGGGGUAAAAUUGUUUCAAGUAAACAACCAAGUCAGUUCAUUUGGUUCCACUUGUUUUAUUUGAUUUAUCAAAUUUUAUCACUUGUGUAAAAACGUGAUGCCUGUUUUCAUAUUUCUACAAAAAUACAGAAAAUGUCAUCAGAUUCACAAGCUUUUUUUGCCCCAAAUGAACAAAUGGAAUAAUAACUGGGAAACAUUCGAGGACAUUUCUCAGAUUUCAGCCUCCAUACUGUUCUCUAUUCGCUUUCUAAAUAAUAAUAAAAAAAAAAAUCUGUUUGUUCUUCCUUG